GUCCCCGGCCCACUCAUAGUCACGUGGAGCGUGGCAGAGAGUGGUUGUUCUGCCCGGGCCGCAGAUGUACCACCACACACACUCACAUUUACCUCUGCACACCACGCGCAUGUGCACACGUUGUCCCCUCCACCAACAUCAGUACUAAUCCAGCCUGCACUUGCCACAUCACGCCCGCCCCCAGGGAGGACGCUGACGGAGUAGUAACCAGAGGUGUUAGGAGGAGCAGCAACACCGCCGGGUGUGAGGUGAGAGCAGAGCACGCCGCGACGCCAAGCUGGUCGCCUCAACACGCGGCAUCACACACGUGCUCCUUGCCCCGGGAACACUACAGUGAAAGAGCCCGGGAAAUGUUGGCUGUUUGAGGUGGUGAGCUCCUCGCUGGGAGGUGUGUGGUGCCGGUGUGGAGUGACCAUCUCUCCUGCCACAGAUAUGUAGUGUGAGGAGUUACACAAGUACUGUGGACCAUGUGUUGCGUGAGACACACACACACCCCCUCCUGCUGAUGUGUGUUUUACUCUAUGGUGAAAUUUAAGUGACAUUGAACUGAAGUGUAGAGUUAAUAUCCUUAUCUUGUGAACUAUGGAAGUGUAGGUGAGUGAGGGAGGUCGCGCCGUGUGUGUGUGACAGGACAGUGAGGAUGAAGGUGGCGGUGCAGGUGGCGGUGUUGGUGGUGGUGGGUGUCGCCCUCAUCGCUGGAAGCCUCGUCUUCCAACGAUAUUUCUCCAGCGUCUUCGACAAGAUGCUCUCCAACAAGCUCCUCCUUGUGCCGGGCUCCAAGACGCUGGAGUCCUUUAAGAGUCCUCCCGUACCUAUCUUCAUGCAGUUCUGGCUGUUCAACGUGACCAACAGUGAGGAGGUGUUGGGGGGUGCCGUCCCUGUCCUCCAACAAGUGGGACCUUACACAUUCGAGGAGAAGCAACUCAAGUACAACCUUACCUUCCACGACCAUGAAGGGUCAGUUACUUACCUGCAAAACAAAAGUUUUUACUUCCGGGAAGACUUGUCGGAGGGUCACAAGGAGAGCGACAAGAUCACCACCAUUAACGCCAUCAUGAUGAGCAUCGGUUCCAAGUUCGAGGGUCUGCCCUCCGCCCUCAAGGGUAUAAUAGAAAUAGUGUUUGUAAGGUUCAGUGUGACGCCCUUCAUCACCAAGCCGGUUGGGGAGCUGUUAUUCUACGGGUACGACGAGCCCAUGUUGAAGCAGCUCGCGCCCAUGACCAAAGACCCCGUCCACGCCACAGGAAAGUUUGGUUUCUUUUACCCGAAGAAUAAUUCCAACGACGGGACGUACACCGUCUACACGGGCGUGAAGGACAUGGCGGAGUACCAACACAUCGUCAGGUGGAAAGGAGAAGAACAUAUCGACUUCUGGAAGAGGGACAUGUGGGGUGGCAACUCGUGCAACAUGAUCAACGGCACCACAGGUAACCAGUUCCCGCCACUCGUGAGUAAACACGAACCUCUGAGGCUGUACACGGCCGAGCUGUGUCGUUCCAUUUACGCUGUGUUCCAGAAGGAGGUGACACACGGCCACCUCACCCUCUACCGCUACGUGUUGCCCGCCCAACUACUGGCCAACAGCCCCGAAAACAAGUGCUUCUGUACCGACGACUUCACUUGCCGCCCCUCCAUGAUCAACGUGGCCCCCUGCAGGAAGGGAGCUCCUGUGGUGAUGUCGACACCACACUUCUACCAGGGGGAGAUCGAGGAUGCUCAACAGGUGGUCGGUCUGGACCCACGAGAGGAGGAGCAUGAGACUUACCUGGAUAUAGAACCCACAACAGGUGUCACCUUCCGCGCCGCUAAGAGGAUCCAGGUGAACAUCCCUCUCCGUCAGUACAGCAACUUGCCCUCCUUUAGGAGUGUACCUGACGUGAUCCUGCCGGUGCUGUGGGUAAAUGAGAGCGUGGAGGUACCUCUGGCUCGCACUGCCGCCCUCCACCGCACCCUCACCCUACCCUUCACUCUGGUCAACGUGGCCACCUGGGUGCUGGUCACCCUCGGGGUCAUACUCAUCCUUGUGGCUGUGGUCAAGGUCGUCCUCACACACAGAAAAUCACACCCAAAGAAAAGAACAGUUAAUGAAAAAGAUAAAGAUGGCGCAGUGACUGAAAAGUUGAAUGAUAAGAAUUACAGUUGAGUCUUGAGUGUUAACAGUACACCAUAUGAAGGCCAGUAAGUGUAAUGACGCAUAGAGGUUGUGUGUCAGCGCCAUCUAGCGUGUGAAAAAUAAUGCCAAGGUGAUGGUGUUGAGGGCCUCGACUCCCAGGUCAUUUUAACAGUGUAAAUGUAUUUAAAGUUGAAGGUUGUGACCUGGGUGUCGUGGGCCAGGUCAAGGCAGGGAACAUUAACACACAGAAGGAACAGUUAACUAAGCUCUGGUGACAUACAGUGACGUAAUGACUCGGUAACAACCACUACCAGCGGACUGUGUGAUGACACCUGGCCCUGGACUAAUGAGUUAACCCACCUGGCCCACAGAGAAAGAGUGUCAUAGACGGUGCUUGUGUUAGUGAAGAAGAAAAAAAAUAUUUCAGCAAACUGUCGCAUCUCCGGAGACCUGUAUGUGUGUGUAGGUGUGUGUGUGUGUGUGUGUAGGUGUGUGUGUAGGUGUGUGUGUAGUGGUGGUGAGAAGUGUUAAGUCACCAUUGUAGACACAUGACUCCUGUUAUACUAAAAGACAAUAAAAUGGUCAAAUAUGAA